AGCCUCUGCUCGGAAACCCGUCCAACAAAGCUUGUUACCCGCCGAGGUACAGGACAAAUAAAAAUCACACGUUAGAAUAGCAUGUGUAACGGCUGAUCUUCAAUGGCCUCAAAAGUCACACAGCUCAGUGGUUCCCAAACCUGGCUGAGAGGCACUCCAGGCCUUUUGGGGUAUCACUUGAAUUUGUAUUGGGUACCCGGGUCACCUACUCAAUAAAUAACCAAGUGUAGGUCAAGACUCCCCGGAUGACGGAGGCGGAGCUGGAACGCGGGGGCAGCUCCAAGGCUUCGGCUGCAGGCUGGCUGACUGCUCGGCGCGUCCUGGGAAGCUGCGGCCCGACCUUCUUUCUCAGGGUUCGCGCCUCGCGCGGCCUCCCGAGGCUUGCAGAGCGCACCCGUCCUGCUGCCGGCGCAGCCGGCACCGGAGUAACACACAGGUGAGCCAGAGAACGAGCGAUUUUUUUCCCAAAAGAGAACAAGUCUAGUAAAUUGAUGGGGAAGCUUGGGAGUUCCGGUUUGUUUCUAACAAGGAGAAUUCAUCCCCCACCCAAACAUGCGGGGCACGAUCCCACGGCGCCCGCAGCUGCCGAGGGUCUGGAGGGCCGCGCGAGCGUGAACUACGUCUCCCGGCAUGCUCCGGGCCAGCAGGGCCCCGCCCCCUCUCGAGAGCGGGCGACCUGGCGGAGGCCGGCGAGCCGCUUCCUCUUCCUCUCUCAUUGGGACAGCCCUGCUGCCAUUCGGGCGCGAGGGGAAGGUGCUGCUUACUGAUUGGCGGAUGCCGUUUGGCGCCAACUAGGAAAGGGGGGCGGGGCAGCGGCGAUCCCCAGUGAGCAGCUAGCUAUUACCGCGAAAGGCCUCCUCGGCUGCGACAGCCCGGGAGGGACGUGGGGGUCGGCUGGGUCCCCCGAGACCCCGGGCUGGGCAAGGAGGCGAGAGAAAAGCGGAGAGAGCGUGAGCCCGUUGCCUCGCGGCUCUGGCCGGCCGCCGUGCUUGUUUGUGUUUAAUCCUCAGGUCGCCGCUUCGCGGAGUGAGGGGAGCACCCGUGCCUGGCCACCGCCUGCCGGGUCUGGGCUCCGCCCGUCCGCGCCGCCUUCCCGCGGCGGCCGCGUACCGCGGCCGCGGGGUCGUGUUUGUGUUUGACCCCCCGGGGGCGCGAGGCCGAGGCCGGUGCGGGCGGGCGCGGCGGAGGCGGGGAGGCGGGAGCCGCCAUGGAGCUGGGCCCCGAGCCCCCGCACCGGCGCCGCCUGCUCUUCGCCCGCAGCCCGCCUCCCGCGCAGCAGCCCGUCGUGAAGGCGCUGUUCGGCGCGCCGGCCUCCGGGGGCCUGUCGCCCGUCACCAGCCUGGCGGUCACCAUGGGCCAGCUGCCGGGGCUGGGCAGCGAGUGCGGGCGGCCGCCGGAGGCGAGGAACGGCAGCCUGCAGAGGACGGGCUCCUGCGAGUCCACCGACUCGGGCUUUUGUCUGGAUUCUCCUGGGCCCUUGGACAGAAGAGAAAACCUUGAAAAUCCCAUGAGGAGAAUAAACCCCCUGCCUCGGAAGCUCCUGGGGUGUAGUCCUGCCCUGAAGAGGAGUCAUUCUGAUUCACUUGACCAUGAUGUCUUCCAGCUAAUCGACCCCGAUGAGAACAAGGAAAACGAAGCCUUUGAGUUUAAGAAGCCUGUAAGACCUGCGUCUCGAGGCUGCCUGCAUCCUCAUGGACCUGAGGAGGGUAAAGAUUUCUUCACACAGAGGCAGAACUCUGCCCCUGCUCGGAUGCUUUCAUCACAUGAGAGAGACAGUGGCAAACCUCUUUUUCUGCCCCAGUCACCUGUGGCUGCCACUCUAUCUGACGAAGACGAUGGCUUUGUGGACCUUCUUGACGGAGAGAGUCUGAAGAAUGACGAAGAGACCCCGUCGUGCGUGGCAAGCCUCUGGACUGCUCCCCUCGUCAUGAGGAGAAAUACGAACAUCGGCAACAGAGACAUGCCGAGUGAGUCCCCACUCACGUGCAGCCCCAGUGCCUGGUCAGUGCUGAAAAGACCCAACCGCUCUCCAGAGGAGCCGCCACCUGGAAGUAGGAAGCGGAGGAGGAGCAGGGCUGGGGCCAGUCCCACAGCGGCAGCCAGUCCGGAGGAGCCCCGGGAGACCCUACAUCAGUUUUUAUCUCUGGCAUCUUCCCCAAAAGGGACCAUUGAGAACAUUUUGGAUAAUGACCCAAGAGACCUUAUAGGAGACUUCUCCAAGGGUUAUCUCUUUCAUACAGUUGCUGGGAAACAUCAGGAUUUAAAAUACAUCUCACCAGAAAUUAUGGCGUCUGUUUUGAAUGGCAAGUUUGCCCACCUUAUUAAAGAGUUUGUCGUCAUUGAUUGCCGGUACCCAUAUGAAUACGAGGGAGGCCACAUCAAGGGUGCAGUGAACUUGCAUAUGGAGGAGGAGGUCGAGGACUUCUUGCUCAAGAAACCCAUUGUGCCCACCGACGGCAAACGCGUCAUUGUCGUGUUCCACUGCGAAUUUUCUUCUGAGCGGGGCCCACGCAUGUGCCGCUAUGUGAGGGAGAGAGACCGGCUCGGUAACGAGUACCCCAGGCUGCACUACCCAGAGCUAUACGUCCUGAAGGGUGGGUACAAGGAGUUCUUCCUGAAAUGCCAGUCUCACUGCGAGCCCCCCAGCUACCGGCCCAUGUACCACGAGGACUUCAGGGAGGAUCUCAAGAAGUUCCGCACCAAGAGCCGGACCUGGGCUGGCGAGAGGAGCAAGCGGGAGAUGUACAGCCGUCUCAAGAAGCUCUGAGGGGUGGUGGCGUCACAGGCAGCGGCCUGAGCCUCCUGCGUCCUCCCCAUUGCUUCCCCCAUCAUGCAGAGGAGCUGGAGCAGAGCUGGGCUGUGCAAGGAGAGGGCCUGGGGCUGGCUGCCUGAGGCCUGCCUCCCACUCCCAGGGCCAGAGCCUCGAGCACCGGCCGCACCUCGUCCAUCCCUGGAGACAUUCUGCUGCCUUGGGCGGGACUGGCUGCGGGAGCCACAGGCACGCAGCAAGCACCACGGUGUCCCCGUGGGUGGGCCCUGUCCCAGGGCAGGGGAGCAGGGUGCUGCUGGCCAGACACCGGAGACAACUGGAAGGGAGUGGUUUUGGUGGGACAACCCAUGUCUAACUUAUUCAACUUCAUCACUUUUUUUUUUUUUAACUCCUGGAGACUUUAUGAUUUAACUGCUUCUUUAAGUCACAGUAUGGCCAUUCUAGCUAGGGUUUUAUCUUCCCAGGGACUACCUCCACCUUUAAUUUAGAAAAGGAAGGAGGGGGAAAGAGGUGAGCUGGUGUUUGCAGGGCAGAGAACUGGGGGCUGUCGCCUGAAGGUGCUAUGGGAGUGGACCCAAGGAGAGGGCUACAGGACCUGAACUAGCCCUCCCACACCUAUGUCAAAGGCCAUUAAUCCAUUUUGGGGUGCCUCCUCCCACACCUUCCCUGUGACACGGUUGGAGUGGGAGUCAGAGCCCCCAGAACGGUUGGCAGCUCCUGGCAGUGCAGGUGGGUGUUGGGGGCAUGUGCUGCCUCCCUUCUGAGACCUGUCAGCCUUUUCUUCCUGGAAGUAGUUGUUUAUGAGUAAAGGAGCAUCAAAUCGAUGUCUGGGCUGCCUGCGUAGACAGGGCUGUACUGUGUUCCUCAGGCAGCAGGGUAAGCUUGAAGGCUGAGCUUCCCCGGUUUAUCAUGUUUCAGCUUGAGGGGUGGGGAGUGAUGGGUCAUCAUGUUGCCCCUCACCCAGCCCCAUGGAAGUGGAGGUCUCAGGAGCACUUUACAUCCCAGGAGCCAGGCUGCCUCAAUUCUAGAAGGCCUGUACCUUCCCCGCGCAUCCCCUCUGGGCUCCUCGCCGUCUCCGCCCCCUUGGGGGUGAGGCCCAGUGUUCCUUGCAAGAGUCAGUCUCUCCUCCCACUGCCUACCUCAACUUCCCACUCAGGUGGGGAGGGAUGUGGACACGAGGUGGCUGGUGGCCCUGUUAUGGGAUUGAAUUGCGUUUGGCUAUAAAACAACCUUGUUAGGAAGUCUGGGGAGGAGGGGACAGGGAAGGCCUUGUCCCCACAUCUAGACACACUUCAGGUGGCAGGUCUCAAUCUUGUUUGUAGGGAUUCUUUUGGUUAAACACCUGAAAAGGGGGUGGCCUUCAGACUGUACCAGUUAACUAACUUGCAGACUGAAAAUAAAAACAAUCUUGAACCCAUGCUGUCUGCCUAGUUUUG